GAGAAUCGGGGCAAGAUGGCAGCAGUGGUGGCGAUGGCGGAUUCCUCCAUGGAGAACCCGGUUCCACCUUCUCCUCCUCCUCCAGAACCAAACCAGAUUUCACUGGACGAGGUUUCAGUAACCACUUUGCCCAGCAUUGAAAACCAGCCGUCGGAGGCAGCUGAGACCAACAAGAAAUCCGCACCAGAGAUGUUUCGCUCCAACAAAGCUCCCCCUCCAGUGGGCCUGUGGACCACCAAACGCGAUGGCCAAGUCAAGCUGCGCAUGGACGAAAGCGGCAUUGGGUGCGAGCCCCCCCUGACGGUGCACAAGCUCUUCCUGAACGCCGUGAACCAAUAUGGGGACUACUUCGCGUUGGCUUACAAGAAACAAGGCCGGUGGAGCCGGCUGACCUUCCGGCAGUACUAUGAGGAGUGCCGCGUGGCUGCAAAAAGCUUCUUGAAGUUGGGCCUGGAGCGUUUCCACGGGGUUUGCAUCCUGGGAUUCAACUCCGUGGAGUGGUUUAUCUCGGACAUCGGAGCCAUUCUGGCCGGGGGCUUUGCUGUUGGUGUUUAUACCACCAACUCCCCGGAAGCCUGCCAGUAUGUUGCCGAAAACUGCGGUGCCAACAUCAUUGUGGUGGAGAACGACAAGCAGCUCCAGAAAAUCUUGGAGGUUGAAAGCAAACUGCCCCUCUUGAAAGCCAUCAUCCAAUACGGCGAAGAAAUCAAGGAGAAAAGACCAAAUCUCUAUUCAUGGAACGAGUUCAUGGCGCUGGGCAGCAGCAUCUCGGACGACUUGCUCGACAACAUCAUUGAGUCUCAGAGCCCCAACCAGUGCUGCACCCUCAUCUACACCUCAGGAACGACGGGGAAGCCCAAGGGGGUCAUGCUCAGCCACGACAACAUCACAUGGACGGCGAGGGCUGGAGGGCAGUUUGUUGGGGUUACCACAGCCACAGAGCAGCAGGAGGUGGUGGUCAGCUACCUUCCGCUCAGCCACAUCGCUGCCCAGAUGAUCGACAUUUGGCUGCCUAUCACAUUUGGCAUGCAAACAUGCUUUGCGCAACCGGAUGCACUAAAGGGCACCUUGGUAGAGACUCUCAAGGAAGCGAGGCCCACUGCCUUCCUGGGCGUCCCCCGUGUCUGGGAGAAGAUGCAGGAGCGAAUGAAGUCAGUCGGGGCUAAGUCCUCGGCCCUGAAGCGUCGGAUUGCCACCUGGGCCAAAGCUGUUGGGCUGGAGACCAACCUCAAGCGUAUGGGAGGCACCACGGACCUCCCGCUGAACUACCGCUUGGCGCGGACGCUGAUCUACAAGAAGGUGCGGAAAGCCCUGGGGCUGGACCGCUGCUUCAAGUGCUACACGGCGGCCGCCCCCAUCUCCAGGGACACCUUGGAGUACUUCCUCAGCCUUGACAUCCCCAUCUACGAACUCUAUGGCAUGAGCGAGAGCUCCGGGCCCCAUACCGUUUCCCAUCCGAAUUCGUUCAGGCUCACCAGUUGUGGGAAGGAGAUCACUGGCUGUAAGACGAUGCUUUUCAAACCAGACAAGGAGGGCAUCGGAGAGGUUUGCUUUGCCGGCCGCCACGUCUUCAUGGGCUACCUAAACAUGGAGGAAAAGACGAAGGAAGCCAUCGAUGACGACGGCUGGCUCCAUUCGGGAGACCUGGGAAAACACGACGUGGACGGCUUCCUCUACAUUACGGGGAGAAUCAAAGAGCUCAUCAUCACCGCGGGCGGAGAGAACAUCCCUCCGGUGCCGAUCGAGGAUGCGGUGAAGGAAGCCGUCCCCAUCCUCAGCAAUGUCAUGUUGGUGGGAGACAAAGCCAAAUUCCUGAGCAUGCUCAUGACACUCAAGAGCACUGUGAACUUGGAUUCGGGUGAGCCGGAGGACAACCUCACCCCUGAAGUGAUUGAGUUUUGCCGGAAGGUGGGCAGCCAUGCCACCAAGGUCUCCGAGAUCGUCCACACCAAAGACCCAGCCGUCUACACAGCCAUCCAGAAAGGGGUGAUGUCCGUCAACGAACAGGCCACCUCCAACGCCCAGAAGAUCCAGAAGUGGAUUCUGCUGGACAAGGAUUUCUCUAUCUCUGGGGGAGAGUUGGGUCCCACCAUGAAGCUGAAGAGACCGGUAGUAAUGCAGAUGUACAAGCAGCAGAUAGACCAGAUUUACAACGAGACAUGAAACGGCAAACCAGAUCCACACCAACCUCCAGCCUGUCUUUAUCAGAAGCCCCUGUUUUUCGCUCUCGAACCCUGGUUUUGCACGGAGCCUCUUCCAAAGAGAAACAUCGACUCUUCUUUUCCGGUGACAAACGAGGUUUCAAUAAAGGGCAGCUCCUUAAAGUUC